AUGGACUUCCCUAAGAAGCGAAAAGACGCCGGGAUUGAAGCUCGCUUGAGCCGAGUGGAAAAGAUGCUUCAUCAACUACUUCAGAAUCAGAAAGCCGACGCGAGACACACACCGGCGUUUCUGCCUAAUGAUACACCUCAAAUAAAAAGUCCUGCAGAUCCGGGGUUCGGCAGCGAUGAAGCUGCGCUCACACCCGCAAGCACGCUGCAGUCUCCCGAGAUACCACUCUUCAAUAGUUACACCGGCUUAGCAAGGAAACUUGUGGAGUUUUGGCCUUCUCAAGCUGAUCUGCUGAACAUAUACGCCCUCCCUAUAAGCUUCUCGACGCACUCUCACAUAAAUCUUUGCAUCCCGAGUGCAACAAUGUCGAGUCGCGAAACAAUAACGACAACGCAAAUAUUGCAGUUGCCGCCACCAGGAUGCAAUCCAGUCCUGAUCGCACGGAAACUAUUGUUUUUAGGGAGCCUCCUGCAAGGCGCAAUUUCAGCGCCUCAAGUGUCAAUGUCGUUGCGAGAUCGGUUCAAGAUGAUCAUGAGCGGCGCAAUUGAUGCGGCAAUCAGGCUCGUGACUACUGAUGAUGCAUUAACCGCAUCUGUAGAAGGUGUGGAGUGCAUCAUGGUCGAAGCCAUGAUUCACAAUUAUAUAGGCAACCUUCAUCGAGCAUGGUUGGCUGUUCGACGCGCAUCCGGAGUUGCACAAACAAUCGGCCUACACAAAGGCCACAAGUCGUCGGCCUACAUAAUCUUGGACCCUAAAACGAGAGCUGAAUUUGAUCCGGAUGUACUUUGCUUUCGCAUUAUCGAAAUGGAUCGCUACCUAUCAGUGACUCUAGGACUUGCUCAAUCAUCACUGGAGACCCGCGCAUUAGAGCCUGACACUUUGGCGCAAUGCCAUCCGAUUGAUCGGAUGGCGCGUCUGCAAUGCAAUAUCGCUGGUCGCAUUAUGAAAUAUGAUCACCUUUUACGACCGCGAAAGACACCAGAAUUUUUAACCGAGAUGGAAGCGUUACUACAACAAGCAGCCCACGAGAUGUCUCCUCAGUGGUGGACGAUACCUGAUCUCUUAUCUGGCCAUGAAGACACUACUGGUAAUCCACUACAGGACAUUUCUCGCAUCAACUACCAGUUCUCGCACUAUCAUCUUGUGAUACGACUGCAUCUACCAUACAUGUUGGGCGCCUCGCAACAUGCUCAAAGCAAGAUAGCAGCCGCAAACGCCGCACGUGAGACGCUCUCCCGAUACAUGAUAUUUCGCAGAUGGAGCUCCGGACAUUUCUACUGCCGCGGCGUGGACUAUCUUGCCUUCAUUGCCCUAGCUGUACUAUGUCUUGCGCAUAUCGAUGCGUCAAGUUCUACCGUGCAAGAUGAUCUGCUGAACAGCGAUGUUGUCAAAAUUCUCGCUCAAAGCCAUCUCAGUGACCGUGGUAUCAUGGAACGCACUCUCGACAUCUUGAAGGGUAUGGGAAGUGACACAACUGCUUCAAAGCUCGCUAGUAUCAUGCAGCAUAUCCUUGACGUCGAAGCAGCUGCAGUCAGCGGAGUUGGCUACAACGCAGUCGCAAAACAUCAGGACGGACAAACCGAGUAUUAUGGACGUCUAGAGCAAGACAAUGUCACACUCAAACUCAAUAUACCAUACUUUGGAACUAUAACCCUCCUCCGCAAAGUGGCCUCUCUGGCCACUGGCACACGGCCUGAACAGCCGCAAACGAUGCAAUGGGAUUACGGCUGGUUGCAGCAGCCAGAAAUUUCUCAACGCAAUCAUCACACAGGCGACAUCAACGCCUGUCUCACUGGCAGUCCCCUUCCAACAGGUGACUUUGGAAGCACUGACGACUGCACAUUGCAGAGCAUCAAUGGCUCAUUAUUUGGCAGCUUGUUCGGUUGUAUUGAGGGCCAAGAAGCGUUCCUAAGCCUCGAAAGUCUUUCUACACAAGUUAUAGACAUUUCACCUCACACGUGA